AUGCCCGACGCAGAGCCACAACGACUAGCACCUGCCCAGAGCUUGACUGUCCGCUACCUUCCGCAGGCUCUGUUGCUGGUUACGGUAUUCGUUGUGUUCGCUCCUGUUCGCAACCAUGCGUUCUUAAGGUGGGACGACAACGUCAAUGUCUACGAGAAUCCGCUGCUCGAACCGGUGAGCGCCGAAAAUGUGCGCCGCAUCUGGAGCCAGGGUUAUCAAGCACUCUAUAUUCCGGUCACCUACACGUUCCUGUCAGGCGAAGCCGCGAUAGCCCGCAAGGAGGACGGCUCACUUUCUCCUCGCGUAUUCCACCUGGGCAAUCUUCUGCUGCAUGCGGCCAACGCGCUGCUGGUGUUUGCUCUGUUGAGAUUGCUGCUGAAUGAGAAAUGGCCCGCUUGGGCAGGAGCCACCCUGUUCGCCAUCCACCCUCUGCAGGCCGAAUCCGUGAGUUGGGUUACUGAAACACGAGGCCUGCUGGCCGCUUUCUUUGGUCUCAUCGCGCUGUGGCAAUAUUUGCGAUACGCCCAAGUGCACCGUGGAAACAAUCGCGGAGGCACAACUAACUCAAGAUCGACUCGUCACUACGUGUUUGCCUCGGCCGCUCUGCUCAUGGCGCUGCUAUCCAAGCCUUCGGCCGUGGCGGUCGUUCCGAUGGCCAUGGUGCUGGAUAUUGGCGUGCUGCAGCGUUCUAUGGUUCAGUCGUUGAGAUCCACCUUUCCCUGGCUGCUUGUAGUAGCGGGAUUCUCAAUCGUCACCAAACUGCUUCAACCGGAUGUCGAACUCGAUUUCUUUCGCGAGCUGUGGGCACGCCUCCUGGUGGCGGCCGAUGCCUUGGCGUUUUAUCUCCACAAGCUUUUCCUCCCCGUGGGGCUUGGCCCAGAAUACGGUCGCUCGCCGGAUUACUUGCUUGAGACCGGCAACCUGUAUUGGACAUGGCUACUUCCAUUAGCGGCUGCGAUUGGGUGUUGGCUGCUUCCCUCUCGCCGAAAUGCCUGCGUGGCGUUACUGCUGUUCACGUUUGCUCUCUUGCCCGUGCUGGGGCUGGUACCCUUCGGAUAUCAAAGUCGCUCGACGGUCGCUGAUCGUUAUGCGUAUCUUGCCAUGCUCGGUCCAGCGUUUGUCGUUGCGUGCAUUGCCGACCGAUGGUCAACGCGGCAGACAUUUGCAGCCUUCACCACGCUGUUCCUAAUCCUGGGCUGGCUCACUCAUGAGCAGGUGGGACUGUGGCGAGACAAUACAACUCUGUUCACUCACAACUUGAGCAUCAACACUCGGAGCGUUCCCAGCCAUACGAUUUUAGGGCAGGAGUACCUGAGCAGAAGGAACUACUCACAGGCGAUUGAGCACUUCCGUGAAGCCGCCCGGUACAACCGCCAACCUCGCGACUCGUGGAACAACGUCGGUGAUGCCAGCCGACAACUCGCCAGGCAACAGAGUACCAACAGUGACGACCAAGCAGAACUCAUGCAAAAGGCCCUAGGUGCUUACUUGAAGGCACUUGAAGCGGACCCUGAGUAUGCGCGCACACACGACAAUUUGGGGCAGACUUACAUUGCGCUGGGCUCGGUCGAGAGGGGGAUCGAGCAUUACCGCAAUGCCCUCGACAUUGAUCCGGCGUUCGUAGUCAGUCAUCACAAUCUUGCGUUAGCGCUGAUAUCUCAAGGGGACCCCACAUCGGCGAUUGAACACCUGCAGGAAGCGAUCCGCCUGUGCGAGUUAAACAACGAAAAGCCAGAUGCAACUACGCUAAUCGCCCUAGGAAUCGCCAUGGUCCAGAGCGGUCGGUACCAAGAGGCGAUCCAAGCUUACGAAAGGGCACUGGAGAUCGCCCCCGCCUUGAAGACCGGCCAUGCGACCGAUGCAACCGCAGACAUGAGCGAUCUACAACUCGAUAUCUGGCGGGGAAUCGAGGCACUCCAAGUUAACGCCAAGGCUUGGGACGACUUGUGGCAGCGCUCCACAGUCAAUCAGCCGGCUUGCCGUAGCGGCCCGCUUUUGGCUUGGCUAGGAGCUUUCGCGAAACAUCGCCGGGUGCGUUUUCUUGUAGUCCGCAAACAAGACCGGCUGAUUUCGGCACUUCCUUUGAUUGAUAAACGAUUUCGUCGCUAUGUCCCGGUGGCAGCACUGGCUCGAAAUAGCUGGUCGUAUGCCGGUGAACUCUUGCUGGACCCGACUGAAAAUUCUCAUGAAGCGUGCAGGAUGCUGAUCGGCGGUUGCGGUCGGUUGCGAAUACCCCUGGUACGGUUCGAAGACGUGCCGUACUCCAGUGUGCAUUGGCAAAUCUUCUUCUCAGCCAUGAAGAAUCACCGCAUCGAGUACAAACGUAGCGAUACGUUUCGAGUUGGAACGGUACAAAUUGGAAACGACUGGGACGCUUAUCAGGCCGGUUGCUCGAAGAAUCACCGCAAGAAGAUGAGAAGGCUUUAUCGUCGCCUCGAAGCCGAGGGCGAGGUGGAAUUCGCCUGCUACAAGGAUCUGGAUAUCGAGCAAGUUGGCCCAUUGAUGCGACAAGGAUUUGAGAUCGAAAACCGGAGUUGGAAAGGUGAGGUAGGUACUGCCGCCUUGCGUUCGCCAGGUGUCUUUGAAUUCUUCGUGCGUCAGGCAGAGGCAGUGGCCGCAGAUGGUCAUCUCUGCCUGUCAUUCUUGUCCUGUGGGGGUCGCCCCAUCGCGUUCGAGUAUGGGUGGAUCGCCAAAGAGACCUACUUCAGCCCAAAGAUCGCAUACGACCCCGAAUAUUCGAAGUUCUCGCCUGGCCACUUGCUGCUGUGGAGUAUUUUCGAGCAUCUCCAUAGCACGACCGACGUGACCCGGGCCGACUUCGCGGGACCUACGAGCGAAGCCACUUCUCACUGGAGCACGGGCACUUAUCCCGUUGGGCAUGUCACGGCCGCUCCCCCAGGGCUGAUCGGCCUGAGCGGAAGAGUCGCUCUGAGAGCAGUCACCCAUGAACGCCCAGCGAAACCGCGGGAGCGUCGAAGUUACGAAGAUAUCUUGCUCGGUCGCAAGGCCCCAGCUUGGCCCGCUAGCUAG